UGUUUGACUCCGUGAAGACUGUCAGUCCAGGAGUUUGACUGAAACUCACCAUGAAGUUUAUUUUGUUGUUGACUCUGACAGUUUGGUUGAAGUCCUCGUCUUCCGGCGGCUCACCGACUUCUUCAUGUGUCCAUCCGCCGGGAAAGUGGUGCUCGUCUUUGGACUCAGCUAUACAGUGUGGGGUUUUGAAGCAGUGCCUGGAGUCUGACUUCCUCAGGUCCCGUCAGGCAGCAGGUCCAGUCCAGGUGGAACUUUACUACGAGAGCCUGUGUCCUGGAUGCAGACUCUUCCUCACCAAGAUGCUCUUCCCCACCUGGCUCCUUCUGAAAGACAUCAUGUCUGUAACGCUGGUGCCUUAUGGCAACGCACAGGAAAAACCUGAUGGACAGAAGUAUACAUACAUGUGCCAGCAUGGGGAGCAGGAGUGUUUGGGCAACAUGAUUGAGACCUGUCUGCUCAACAUGACGGACAUGGCUUUCCCAAUCAUCUUCUGUAUGGAAUCCUCCUCUGAUGUCCUCGGAUCAGUCGACAGCUGUUUGAAGGUAUAUGCCCCUGAGUUGACCACUGACAAGUUAAUGAGUUGUGUGAAUGGAGACACUGGAAACCAGCUCAUGCAUCAGAAUGCCUUGAAGACCAAAGCCUUGAAACCUCCACAUGAGUACGUGCCCUGGGUGACCAUUAAUGGGGGUGGGCAGUGUCACUGGGAGGGUGCUUCUUGA